AAAAUAAAAUUACAAAAGGAAGAAUAACAAUAAAAAAGUGGCACUUCACACCGAAGGGAAUAUUUGACUUUACUUUAAUCUCUCAACUAUCCUACUAGACAUUCUCGUGACUUAUUAUACCGAUAAAAUGCCUUGAGAAUCGAUCACCUCAACAUAUUGUUCAAUGUGGAUCACCUCAUUUCGUAUAUGCACCAUAUAAGCUUAGAUGAUUUUAAAUUCACAAAUCAUAAUCUAAGUUAAAACUAUAUUGCACUUAAAAUCAACCAAGCAACCAAAUCACAACGCUAUGCCCAAUUAUAUAUUUUGUGAGAAAUCUAUCUAUUUUUAAAUUAAAAAUAAUAAAUAAAUAAAUACAACUAUGUGAUUCUGGUAUUGAAACUUUCAAAUAAUUGUUGAAAUUCAGCAUAUCAAAUUUUUAUACAUGGGUAUGAUCCACCCACUCAAUGUUGAUUGCUAACUUUCCAUUUGUUCCAAUUUUAAUUCUUCAUAAGAUGAACUGAUGUUCAUAAAGUUUUUGAAACGAAGUUUGAAACAUUUUAUGUUUAAUGAAUGGUUAAUUCAGUUAAAUAGAAAAAAAAAUUUCAUUUUUUGUCUUCUACCCCUUUCAAUUUGUGCCCUUCAAUAGUUGGUGACAAUGUGAAAUGUUGUUUUGUAGGUGCAUUGCAUGUGCCUUGUUGGUAGUAUACUUGGGGUUGUCAUAUGGCCUGUAUGUUCCAGAUUGGAAAUUUGAGUUACUGAGAUCAAUUUCUAUGCCUCCCACAAAUGGAAGCUUUGUUUACACUGUGACAUGUUCCACAAGAGGAGAUCAUGGACCUGCCUGUAAUGCUGUUGGAAUGAUAGAUCGUUGUGUUCUUGGUCUUAAUCAUCUAUAUCCAAAACCUAUUUAUAGAAACUUCAAGGAAUGCAAUAUUUCCAGCAUUGGCCAAAUUUCAGAUAAUUCACCGUCAUGGUGUCAUACUCCUUUUGAUCUUGAAGGUAUAUUAAGUUCCUUGACAGCUGCUGUGACGUGCAUAAUUGGACUUCGGUAUGGCCACAUUCUUGGACAAUUACAGGACCAUAAAGAGCUGUUAUACAAUUGGUGCAUAUUUUCAUUUUUAUUUUUGGGAAUUGGAUUAUUCCUUGCCCUAGUAGGUAUGCCUUUGAACAAACCUCUGUACACAAUCAGUUACAUGCUGGUUACAUCUGCACCUAUAGGAAUAACAUUUUCUGCUCUGUAUAUAUUGGUGAGUUCUAAACAAUAA